AUGAACGACAAUGUAGCAUUCAUCGUUUCACAAAUCAGCGACAUUCACUUCACAGCCAAAGAACGCGAUGUCCUCAUUCGCUUCCUCGUAUUCUCGUCUCGUCUUACCGCUUGGCUCCUCAGUCAAAAGAAUGCUUCACCAUCUACGGUACAGCGAUGGCAGCUUCUAAUGAGACAGCUCUCACUCACAGCAAAGCUCCUCCGCGUCGGGAAAUUCACCCAGCAGUUCCGUUUUGCCGCACGGGGCUUAACGGGUAGACACCAAGAUCUAUUCCUGGGGUACAUAACUGUGAUUCGUCAACUGUUAACGGCUGUAUACAUGACAUGCGAUAAUGCUACGGUGCUGAACAGUAUCGGUUUCAUUCCCUGGAAGGGAGCCAAGACAUUGGAAAGGAGAGCUUUUCGGGUAUGGUUUGCCGCAGGUGUUUGUGGAUUUGUUGCACAGGUGUACUGCUUGUACCAAUUAAAGACAUGGAGUGCCAAUGAUGAAGAUGAUAGGCGGUCUCUGUUGUAA